AUGUCCUCGCUCGGGGACCAGGUGCGCACCUGGCACCGCGGCGUGCAAGCCGUGGCGCGCGGGGACUGGCCCGGCGCCGUGCGCCUCUUCUCGGAGGUCCCAGGGCCUGCCGCCAGGAUGAGCUUCAACGUGGGCUGCGUGCACCUGCUGGCCGGGGACCCCGAGGCUGCGCUGCGGGCUUUCGAUCAGGCGGUGACCAAGGAUGCCUGCCUGGCCGUUGGCUUCCUGCAGCGAGGCGUGGCCAGUUUCCAGUUGAAGAGGUUCCAGGAGGCCCUGUCCGACUUCCAGCUGGCCCUGGUGCAGCUCAGGGGCAACCCCACCAUUGACUACACGCAGCUGGGCCUGCGAUUCAGGCUGCAGGCCUGGGAGGUGCUGUAUAACGUGGCGGCCGCUCAGAGCCAGCUGGGCCUCUGGAGUGAGGCUGCCAGCAGCCUAAGGGAGGCCCUGUCCAAGUGGCCAGAGGGUGCCCACAGCGGUCUGGACACUGCCCUGGACCAGGUGCAGAAGCGGACACCCCUGCAGCCGAGGCAGGUCCCCAGGGGUGAGGUCUUCCGGCCCCACAGGCGGCACCUGGAGCACCUGGAGCCCGUGGACUUCCUGGGCAAGGCCAAGGUGGUGGCCUCCGACGAGGACCCUCGCCCGGGCGUCCAGCCUCAGCAGCCGGAGGUGUUGUGCCCCGGUCAGCCCACCGUCCAGCGGUCAGCCGUGCCCAGGCUCAGCCCUGGCCACUCCCACCCCCUCUUGGGUGCUCCCUGGAGCAGAUCCCGCGCUUCUGCCUGGCUCCAGGGUGCCGCUGUGGGAGAUCCCGAGUCCCUGGUGACGGUCACCGUGCAGUGUGCGUUCACCGUGGCGCUGAGGGCCCAGCGAGGAGCCGACCUGUCCAGCCUGCGGGCCCUGCUGGCCCGGGCCCUCCCUCACCAGGCCCAGCUGGGGCAGCUCAGUUGCCAAGCCCCAGGCGACGCGGGGUCCUGGGUGCCCAUCUACGGGGAGGAGUCGCUGCAGAGGGCUUGGCGGGCGUCCGGCCGUGGGGGGCUGCAGCUCCAGUGCAGGGGGGCUGGGGGCCGGCCCAUCCUCUACCAGGUGGUGGCCCAGCACCGCUACGCAGCCCAGGGGCCCGAGGACUUGGACCUCCAGCCGGGGGACACGGUGGACGUGCUGUGUGAAGUGGACGAGGCCUGGCUGGAGGGGCACCGCGAGGGCCGCAUCGGCAUCUUCCCCAAGUGCUUCGUGGCCCCGGCUGGCGGGCGCCUGUGAGCCCCGGGAAGCCACGCUCAGACACCCUGCGGCGAGAGCAGCUUU